AUGUCUUUGGAGUCCAUUAUUCAUAAUUUAAUAUCUGCACUUGGUGGUUGUGAUUUUACUUUAGAAGAUAAGCCAUAUGUUCUUGGAGAUGAUGGUUUAGCGUGCUUGAAAGAUCUAAAACGAUGGCUUCAGUAUUAUGAUGAAAAAUAUAAUAGUUGGGAUGUUAAGCGAGUUCUUGCUGAUACAAAUUUUGUAGAAGGGGAUUUAUGUCCAAUUUUGGCGAUGUGGGAUCCGUCUGAUAUGGGAGACAAAGUGAAAUGGCGUUUAUCUCUUGCAUGCGUUGAGUUGCUUGUUUCAUUGACAUGGCCACUUGAAGUGAAUCAGUUUAAUACGAAUACUGAGUCUUUUGAGCAACUCCCACAUCUUCGUUUGGCACAGUCAUCGUAUAAAAAAUCGCUUUUAAAUUAUCCCAAGGGAAAUAUUUUGUUUACCUCAAUUGCAGUAUCAUUUCCUUCUAUGGCUAUUCCUAGAUCAGAAAGAUCUGAACGAGACGAGGGGAUUAUUCGUUUAGUUUUAUAUCUUAUUCGGAAUAUUGCAAUGAUUGAUGAGGAAACUACCCGAAAUGAGACCAUAAUCGCAUUCAAAAAUUCGGAAAUUUUAGAUCUUAUUAUUUCUGUUGCAGGGGGUAUGGGAGAUGAAUUUGUUUCUCAAGAUGUUAUUGUUCUUGAAAUUAUUUACUAUCUUCUUCGAGGAUUAAGUCCUGAAAAAUUAUUUUUGUCUGAAAAAGAUCAAUCAUAUACUCCAUUUGAUGAUUUAAGUAAUCUUUUAAAGGUAGAAAUGGAUAAAAAAAAGAAAAUUUUAAAAACCACGACUACUCGUCAUAAUAGAUUUGGUACAUUGGUUUCAAUAAUAACAGCUGAUAACAAGAGACUUACUGUUGCUAGUCAAGGAGCUAUACUAAAAGGUUCAGAAAACGGUCUUGCUAAAAUUGAUGCAGCAAAAAGAUGGAAAAUGCGUAAAUCUAAAAUAUCUACAUCGGACGAUGUUGAUAAACCUGUAUAUAUUUCCCAUGAAGCAACAGUUAUUAUUUCUGCUUUUAUAAAUGAAUUUUUAGGCUCAUCUUUUAAUCCUUUUUUUUCUGCUAUUUUGCAAGAUCUUGAAAGAGAAGAAAUGAAAAUUUCUCAAGAAAAUCAUACUCAUUUUCUUUAUUGUAUUGGGUAUUUUAUACAUGCUCUUAGAUUACGCAUUUCUAUUAAAAAUUCCGGUACUUUUUCUAAUGAUGGAGAUUAUGGUUUGGUUGCUAGUAUGCUAGAACAAAGAGCGUUGAUUAUGGUUUAUAAAUUAAUGAGAGAAUCGUUUGAUCUUAAAAUUUGGAAAGAAUUGCAUGUUGGGAUGGAAUGUUUUAAACAAAUACUUUUGAUUAUUAAUUGUAUGACUGCUUCUUCAGAAGAAUAUCAAGAAAUAGCCAAUAAUAUGCAGAAUAAUAUAUAUUAUGAAGAACAUAAUUUAGAUUUAAUUGUAAAUACUCUUAAACUUUAUAAGAGACAAUCAUUUGGUUUUUUAAAUACGUGUACAGAAUUAGUUCAUGUUUUACUAAAAAUGUUGGAAAAAUAUGCUAAUACAAAAGCUCAUAUGUAUGUUCGAGCACGUCAACGUCAAAAUAAAAAAAUUGAAACAGGUCCUUCUAAUGAGAAUGAUGAUUUUGGACUCGAUAAUAGUUUACAAAUAAAAUCUAAAUCAGUAUUGAAAGAGAAAUCUUUUGAAUUUUUUAAAUUUGAAAAGAAAUUUGUUAAUGACCAUUGUAUUGAUACAUUUCGUACAUUCCUUGAAUAUUAUAAAGAAUUGACUCCAGAACAAAUUAAACGUGUAAUAACAUUUUUUUAUAGAAUAUUUGUUAAACAAAAAGCUGAAAUAUAUAUGUUUCGUCUUGAUAUUUGCGAGCUUUUUCAUAGAAUGAUGAAUGAUGAUAUUAAUUUUUCAAAAAAGAAUCCUAGUAGAGUUGAAGUAGAAAAAUUUAUAAAAUUUUAUAUGAAGCGUUUUGUUUCUGUUGUUUCUCAGUCACCGGCUUUAUACGUAGAACUUUUGUUUCAUAAGAUGCAUGAUACUGUAUAUUAUCUUCAAUAUGGGCAUGAUGAAGUACAAGUAUUAAAGCCAUUAAGACUUUCAGCUGAAUUUGAAGUUAAACCAGGAAUGAAUUUUGAACAGCAAAUUUCUGUUGUGGUUGGAGCAUUACUUGAUGAAAAUAAAAACGAAGAAUUAGAUUGGUUGAAAAUUAAAUUGUCUGAUGCUAUAAAUGAAAGAAAAGCAUGGGAACUGGAGGAAGAAUCAAGAAAUUUAUUAGAAGAUAAUUCUCAUAAUAACGUAUUAUCACCUUUUGUUAUUGUUUUUGAAACUGAACAAUAUAAAAAAAGAUGUUUUAAAAAUGGAAAAUUUCGUUUAUUGCUUUCUUUAUGUGGUUUUGUUGAGGAAAAUAGAACUAAUGAUAUAGUUCCUACAUUGAUUAUACCUCUUGGAAUUUCUUCUACAGUAUUAAGUUAUAAUUUGGGACUUGUUAAAAAGUAUACUGAUAAUCCACCUGUAUUUGAUGAUGGAAAAACAGCUAUUAAUUUUCUUCGGCGGAAAUAUAAAUCUGUAAGCCGUUAUAAUGAAUUUAGUGAAGAUGAUACAUUUGAUACUGAUGAUACAUUUCAUAUCGAUGAUUCAAACGAAUUUAAAUCUCCAUCUAAAGGAUUUAAGAAAAGACAUAAGAAAUUAUUGAAUGACGAAGAAUUAAAGAUUCGUAGAGAAAAAAGAAGAAAAACAGAACAAGAACGUAUUAAUUCUAUAAAAAGUUCUAAAUAUAUUAUAAAUUCGGAUAAUGAUGAAGAAGAGGAUUUUGCGUUUUUUGCAGCAGAAGAAACUUUAAGGAAAAAAAUGAAACUUGCAGCGUUUAAUUCUAAGAAAACAAAAAUUGAAACUGAUAAGAGUUUAAAUUUUGAGCAAGAAACUAAUAAUACCUAUUCUGAUAGUUCAGAAAAACCUUUAUUUUUUGAAAGCGAUGAAUCUACUGAAACCAAUGGAUCUGUUGAAACUGAUAUUAUAGAUAAUGAGAAAUCAAUUAUCGAUAAAUAUCCUUCAAGGAAUUUAAACAAUGAUAUUGAUGAUAUAUUUCAAAAAAAUAGUGAAAAAUUCUCUUUUACAUCUUAUAUAGAUCCUCAAACAAAAAAAAUUAGGACAAAGUCAAGACUUAUACUUUCAGAAAGUGAUUCAGAAUGA